CGAGUCGCAUUACAGAGGACAGUCCGAGUUGCACAAUGAUAUUGGGUCUGGAAAAAAUUCUCUUCUUCUUUGUCUCUCUUGACUCAUUUCGACUGACAGCUUUGUCGACACACAAAAAGUCAAAGGUCGCAUGGCAACGAACCCACACCGACAUCUAGUCUACAACAAUGACAGUUGGUCAAGACACAACAAACCACGCAAAAGGGAGAUGCUAAAAUAGAAGUUCUUUGCUGGCUCCAGCAAAACACGUCCCUGCAAGCCUGGCAAGCCUUGAUUGGCCCAAGAUAUGCAGCCGAAGACAGUUUGCCAGUGACCGAUGCUUCCUUUGCAGGGAGCAGACUGGGGCCAGAAUAGAGCUAGACCGGGGUGAGCCCUCUAGCUCAGGAACAGGCCAGUCAAAAGCGCAGUAGCCAAGGUUCUGCCCGAUCCUCAACUGGGUUCUAGGCUGCCUUUGGAUCCAAUCACCGUCCACAUUCAUGACUGCAAUGCAAGGUACCGUUGUGUGGUGGUACUGACGAAAACCAUUUGGACCCAAUGCCGGGGCUAACUCAUUAACUUCCAGGUACGGGGAACAAUGCCAAUCAAGUUGGGGGCUAAUGAGGUGACAACGCAACGCACCAGGGCUCUGACUGCUAGACAGGCAAGGGUAUCUAUGGACAGGUCUAAUGGAUGGAUGGGAGAUUAAGUCCCGCAGUGUGUGCGAAAACUACAAGUUGCGCUCGGUAUCCGCCCAGGCGCCUUGUUUGGUUUCCUCUUGUUUACCUCUUCAAGUGCGCUUGUUUUCACGAUAUCAAUCUUCCAGCCUUGUGCUAUACACUCAUUAAACGAUUCUUGAUAACAUUAUUUGUGCUUUGCACCCUUCAGUCUUUUUUUUUGCUCAACGCAACAAGAAUCUCUUACGAUAUCUUAAGAAGAAACCACCACAGUUCUUUUCCAAACCACCAACAGUCGCCAUCACAAUGCAGUUGUCCAGCAUCAUGAUUGCCGCCGCUGGCGCCUCGGUCGCCGCUGCUCAGGACUACGCCGCUCCUCCUGCUGCUGGUCUGGAUACCACAACACUCACCUCGACCACUACCCGGGUUAUCACUCUUACUCAGUGCAACCCUACUGUGACCGACUGCCCCCUUCGUACCACAACCUCGACUGAGGUUGUCAUUACUACUUCGACUGCUGCGCCCGAGGUUCCUACCACCUCUGUCUACGUGCCCCCUACCACCAGCGUCUACGAGCCUGUUGUCAACACCACCAGUCACGAGCUGCCCACUAUCAUCAGCACCCCUACCAUCAGCACCACCAAGAAGGCUCCCUCUGCCAAGACCACCUUCUACCCUGCUGGCAACACUACCACCAAGGCUGGCCCUACUGCCCCUGGUUCUUACACCACCACCAAGCUGCCCGUUCCUGGCAGCAGCACUGAUGUUCCCGGAAACCCUGGCUAUGAGGCACCCAGCCCUUCCACCGUGCCUACCGCCGGUGCCAGCGGCCUCAUCGCGUCUUCAGGAUUCGUCGGUGCUGCCAUGGUCGCUGCCCUGAUUGCUCUUUUCUAGAUGCAUUAAACCACUCGGUUACACGACCCAGCCUGUGCCUUGACAGACAUGAAUUAUUCUUCACUUCACUUAUGAUACCUUGUUUUUCUUCUUUGGGGAUGGUCGUUUGGAGAUUUUUAUAAAGGCGAGAUUCUUGCUGCGAGGCAAUGUCUUUGUUCGAGAUUAGCUACUGUGUAGCCAAUUAGCUAUUUGAUUCCUUGCAGGUCAUCGAUGAGGCGCAUGGAAUACCCAGCGCGGAGUUUUCUAAAUGCAUCAUAUGUCGAUCACGUAAACGUACAUCUUGAGUUGUCUGCGCGCGUACGCAUAUGGUGUCUGGUUCUGGGCUUGGAGGCGGAAGCCUCGGAAUGUUGAGGAGUUUAGAAAAUUAUGUUCACAUCACAUUGAUAGUCAUUGAAAUCCAAUUCGACACGAAACGACAUAUGACAAGUCUAUCUAUGCGUGAUUGAUGAUUGUGCAUAUAACUACGUGGUUACGUGAUCAGCUG